AUGGCUGGGGUAAAGGGACCGACGAGGGCCUUUCGCGGACGGAAGAAAAAUGCGAGUAGUCGACGCUGGGCUCUCAAGAGCAAAAAACUGCUGGAGACUCAAACGUCUUCCGCAAAAGUAACCGCAUUCUCAAAUGAACAAACCGGUGAGAACCGAACAGAGAACUCCAGUGACGGAAAGAUAGUGCCGAUUUCCUCCCCAGGGGGAUACCGAUCUCUGCUGCUGACCGUUGGCAGUGUGUUUCAGCAUGGCUGGAGCAGACUGAGCCAGACAUGUGCUGGAUUUUUUGAUUCAAUACUCUACUGGCGAGCUUACGCGCAAAAGAUGGAAACUCUUCACCAGAAAGUAGAAGAGCUGCAAAAGGAGAUACAUUCCCUGCGUUCGACUGUGCAAUCCGUUUCAGAGGCCAAGAUGUCAGGAUGUGGUUGUAGCGCAGUAGUUGCUUCACACUCGUCAGCACCUCAUACUGCUGCCCCAUCACUGGCCCCACCACCUCCUCCUCCCCCGCCUCCUCCUCCACCUCCUCUGCCACCACCUGCACCCGUCAUCACAACUCUUCCACAGAAAAAGCCGACAAACACCAAAAAUAAAGCGGGAUCCAGUAUGUUACAGAAACUCGACAGGCCUGUAGCAGUGACACUUCGAGAUCUCCAGGCUGUUCGCCUAAGAAAAGUGAAUGUCAGCCAGAAAGUCCAGGUGUCCCCAGAUGGACAACGUGUGCCUUUGGUCACGGUCGCAGACUUGCAGAAAGUCCGUCUCCGACGCUCUCAGGGGAACCUCUCGUCCAAACUCAGGCUGGCCUCUGCCAGGACACCAACCAAAAGCCUCAUGAACCUUCGAGUACAGCUAAAGAGGGUACAUACUCAUCGGAGCCCUGGUGGUACACCCCUGUUUGAUAAGGAGAAUAUUGAUGCAAGCACAACGCUCACUCCAAUCAAGACUCAAAGUGCAAAUGGCAAAUUACAAGUAAGUAGCACUGCCUGA